GACUCGACCGAUAUCAAUUUCGUCGUUACGAUAUUUCGCUAUCGAUUUCGCUCUCACUUCUUUCACCUUUCUACGUACAUCUUGAACAUUGUUGACAGAAUGGAAAUCGAGUGAAAAAAAAAAUGAAAAAAAGUUUGUUGUUGUUUGUUUUUCGUGAAAUUUUGAAGCCGCUCGAAAAGUUAGCUUUUAAGUGAUUUAUUUUAAACUGUUUUAACUGUUUUACAACAAAAUUGGUAAGAUUGGUGAUUUGCAAACUAAAAUUCAACCGAUGUAAUAAUAUCAUCUUUGUAGGAACCUUCUGCAAAAGGAACGAAUGGCUUCCAGAAGGGCAUCCCGUAACGAUGAUGGUGAGGAUGUAGACAAGGAGGAUGGCAAUGAGAACGAAGACCCGAUGGCGGAUCAACUCGAUGACCCGUUAUUCGAAGACGUUCAGGUUCUCGACUAUGACUGGAGCGACCCCGACAGUGAUCCAAGCCAUGAGCAGCCUGAUGCACCUGAGCACGUAACUCAGCCGAAAGGAAACAAAUCUCCAGCGUUGUUCAACUGUCGACUGCUGGUGUUUCUGCGUGAAUUUAAAGGUCAGUCCUCCGGAGCUCAUAUUGCGCACUGGAAUGUAGAUGGAAAGUCGCUCAAUGACUUUAAGACGAAAUUAUGGGAGCUAUGCAGACCACAUCUACUUCGAGAAGUAAUUUUUAAUCAGCAAGACGAUGGAAGCACGGUGCCAGCAUGGAUGGAUAAGGAUUCUCCGGAAGAAGAAGAUUUGGUGAGGUUUGCCAUUUUUUACGAGAAGCAAAAUCUUAAGUACACUUCGCUGGACAAACUGACCACCACGUUGCUUCAGAACUGGAAAGGAAAAGAAAUUCAGCUGCUGUUGCAUGUUUAUUCACUGUCCGUAAGUUCCCGUAAGAUUUUCAAUUCAGUGAAGCAACAUUUGAUUGACCCAUCUGAGCGCGAUAAGGCAGGAGCAGCCUCAACCCAAGUGGUCGUCGAUUUAUCUAAGGAUUUGCGUCAACGACAUGGUCAUCUUUGGGAUGGACACGAAAUGGCAUGGACAAUGUGGGCAUCAGCCAUACUUGCUUCGCCAGCUCAUACGCGUGAGAACAUGAUUAAUUCAGUUCCUCCAAAGCAUCUGCAACAUCUUUUCAGAACACAGGACGGUCCGAAAAUUGAAAGUGUGAAGCGUGGGUUGGCUGUAGCUCACAAUGUAAAUGCGUCAUUUUGUGAAGAGAUCACAGCGCUGAAGGAAGCGUUUUCCUCACUUGAGGUGGUAGCCAAGAAUAUGCAGCUACAACUUUCAUUCGUGAAGCAUCGCAUCGAAGCAUUGGAGCAGCGUGGACGCAUGAGUGAUUCAUUCAUAAGUGCGAUGGAAACUUCAAUGGAAGUUUCCGAAGGAGAGUUCAGUCGACAUAUUGCUGGACAGGUAGUUGACAUGGAGGAUGUAGACCACGAAUAA